AUGUCCUAUGACAGGUACGUGGCUAUCUGCAGGCCGCUGCAAUAUCCGGUCCUCAUGAGGAGCAAAAUCUGCAACAUCAUGUCAGUCGCUGCCUGGUUUUGGUCUGCGUUCCAGGCUCUGAGCUGUUACCUCUACGUGCUGCCUCUUCCCUACUGCAAGUCCAAUGUGAUUAACCAUUACCUGUGUGAUUACCCAGCGCUUAUACAAUUGUCCUGCUCUGACAAUUCUGCAUUUGUGAGAUCAACAUACUUUGGUAAUUUCAUGGUCCUUCUCAUCCCCAUCUCAGUCAUCCUGGCUUCCUACAUAGCCAUCCUACUUCAAGUCCUCAGAGCACGCUCCUCCGGAAGUAGCCACAAGGCUCUGGGCACCUGCUUGUCCCAUUUGUGUGUGGUGGGAAUCUUCUAUUCAAUGGCCAUGUUUACGUACAUGACCCCCUAUACAGCGGAAAAGUCCAUGAUCAACUCAGUGUUUACUACCAUUGUCCCUGCUAUGUUGAACCCUUUCAUAUACAGCCUGAGGAACCGCGAUGUUCUAGCAGCUUUGAGGAGACUUUGUGCAAAAUGCAUAUUGUGCAAAUAA